CCGACCUCUGGAUGUCAGUCCAUGUUUCCUGGGGUCAUGUCAUGACUCGUGGGUAUGGCGGGGGAGCCCUCUCCGUCAGCACCUGGAAGCAAAACUUCGGCUUGCUUGGAGACUCCAGCUAUACAUUAGAACCGUGGUUCCUGACACCAGUGCCCGGACGACCAGCUCGUGGCACCCCUGAUAACCACUACAACAAGGCCCACACCGCCAUGCGCAAUGUUGUGGAGUGGUGCAUCGCUGUAAGCUUGUGCAGAGCUGCACAAGCAUCAUCGCUGCUUGUGCAGCUCUGCACGACAUUGCGUUGGCGGCACAUGAGCCUGUUCUCGAAGGGGACGAUGACGACACCGACGAUGCUGAGCUGCUGCCAGCAGCAGCUGAGCUACCACCACCACAACGGGAGCCAGCAGCAGCGCAACCGUGUAGUGAACCUGUUUCGAGAACCACAGGGCCUGCAUGCUUGAGCACCUGCGCAGAGUACGCCGCCGCCUGCAACGACCUCAGCAGCAUUGUGUGGUGGCUUCUGCUGCAAUGAGAGCCCGGGUGAGGGUACCAACGCCUUGCAGCUCGUGG